AGUCGGUUUGAAAAGAGCAGACAAAGGCUUUCAGCUCAGGACGCCCCUCUCUCUCUCACACUCUGCUCACAAAGCCAACCUAGCUCUAUCGUCGCCGCUGCUUUUAUACCAUGGAAAUGUUUCUGAAGAGUGCUGGCUUUAUUUUAACUUUCUUAUUCUGACAUGUACGACCGUCUGGAUCCCCGCUCGGCCGAGAGAGGACGGCUUUUUGUGGGUAUAAUACAAGGAAGCGUCGUCUGAGAGAGGGAGAGAGAGGGGGAAGGAUUGACGCUUUUUCCUCCUCUCCUCCUCCUUCCUUUAGCCCCCCUCUCCUUCUCUUUUUGGCGGAGAGAGGGGUUGAGGCAGGAAUAAACGCUUUUUUUUGUUUUCCUUUCUUUUUCCUCCUUUUUUUAAAUGCAUUUGAAUCCUGCUGCGCAACCAGACCGGAUCACGUGGGUUGGAGAGAGUUGGAUCGAUUUUGCACAGUUCAAUGUGAGAGAAGAGAAACAACCAACUCCUAUUUCUUUUAUUUUACUUCUAUGAAUAUCUGGGACUGUUGAUACUUUUGCAUAAUUGCAGCAGCAGGAGGUGUUUGACUGGCUUCUUUUUUUCAGCCUUGGAGGUGUGGAGUAUUAAAGUCUUAUAUGCCUGGGGUUUGAAAAACAAUGGAGACGCACAUUUCGUGCCUCUUCCCGGAAAUUUUGGCCAUGAUUUUCAGCUAUCUGGACGUGAGGGACAAAGGCAGGGUAGCCCAAGUGUGUAUAGCUUGGAGGGACGCAUCCUACCACAAGUCGGUGUGGAGGGGGGUGGAGGCCAAGCUGCACCUCCGCCGGGCCAAUCCCUCCCUGUUCCCCAGCCUCCAGGCCAGGGGCAUCCGGAGGGUCCAGAUCCUGUCCCUGCGCCGCAGCUUGAGCUAUGUGAUCCAGGGUAUGCCUAACAUUGAGUCCCUCAAUCUGUCCGGCUGCUACAACCUCACAGAUAAUGGUCUAGGUCAUGCAUUUGUGCAGGAGAUCCCAUCACUGAGGGUCUUGAACCUUAGUUUGUGCAAGCAGAUCACAGACUCCAGUCUAGGCAGGAUAGCUCAGUAUCUGAAGAACCUGGAGGUGCUGGAGCUCGGCGGCUGCAGCAACAUCACCAACACUGGGCUCCUGUUGAUAGCCUGGGGCCUCCACAGGCUCAAGAGCCUCAACCUGAGGUCCUGCAGGCAUGUCUCGGAUGUGGGGAUUGGACAUUUGGCGGGCAUGACUCGCAGCGCAGCAGAGGGCUGCUUGAAUCUGGAGUACCUGACCCUCCAGGACUGUCAGAAACUCACGGACCUGUCACUCAAACACAUUUCCAAGGGGCUCACCAAGCUGCGGGUGCUGAACCUGAGCUUCUGUGGGGGGAUCUCGGACGCUGGGAUGAUCCACCUCUCCCACAUGGCUUCCCUGUGGAGCCUCAACCUACGCUCCUGUGACAACAUCAGUGACACAGGGACUAUGCAUCUCGCCAUGGGCACCCUGAGGCUCUCAGGGCUGGACGUUUCAUUCUGCGACAAGAUAGGAGACCAGACGUUGGCGUACAUCGCCCAGGGGCUGUACCAGCUCAAGUCCCUGUCCCUGUGCUCAUGUCACAUCUCGGAUGAUGGGAUAAAUCGGAUGGUGAGGCAGAUGCAUGAGCUGAGGACCCUGAACAUUGGACAGUGUGUGCGCAUCACGGACAAAGGGCUGGAGCUCAUAGCCGACCACCUGACCCAGCUGGCGGGCAUCGACCUGUAUGGAUGUACCAAGAUCACCAAGAGGGGACUGGAGAGGAUCACACAGCUCCCCUGCCUUAAAGUGUUGAACCUGGGACUCUGGCAGAUGACAGAGAGUGAGAAAGUGAGGUGAUUGGAAAUGAUUUGUUGGUUCUUUUUGGUUCUUUUUGUUUUUGUAUGGGGAUCUGAGAAGGGGCAUGAGUAGACGGGCAGGGUAAUUUUUUCUUAUUUAAAUAGAGAUCUCCCUCUUUGCCUCCUGUGUGCUUGUGUACUGUGUGACAAGAAUUUUAUGUGCAGAUGUUUUAUUUUCUCUCCAUGGGCCUUGCAGGAUUAAAAUUAGUGUUUGAUAUGACUAAAUAUUCUGCCUGGUAGGAAGCAAUGUCAACUUACUUUUGUAUGAGCUCAUGAACAUCUCUGUUAACAGUUGUUCAAUCUCACAUUGAGUUUUGAUUUCUCAUGAAGUCUGACACCGGGCUGGAAUAACAUUGAUGCAAAUCGCUCAUUUCACACAUUUUAAAAAAACUAAAGUGUCAUUCUGGCAGUGAAACUUGUGUCUCAUUUAAAGCAAAAUGAGCUCUAAAACUCUUAGUACGAGACAUUUAUUUUCUCUUACAGUGCGUCUGGAUUUGAUACAUUUAUGACUAAUCUCCUGCUACAGCCAUCACGCCUACAAAAACAUUUGGCUACCUCGUAUGUGGUUGUUUUCAAAGGGUGUAUACUGUUAAAAAAAAACAGAAGGAAAGCGAGAAUGAGAGACUGGGAGAAAAUGUGCCUAAAGGGACUGUGUCUGCCCCCUCCCCCCAUCCCCCUCCUCUCUCUCCCUCCCCUUCCUCCCGUCCUCCCUCUUUACACCAAGAGCAGAGCUGGAGAAAGGAGACCAGGACACAAUCUAACUACCUUAGUUAAUUUUACCCUAUAAACAGCAACAAUUACCCAGAGAGAGAGAAAGAGAGAGAAAACGUUGCUUUAUGCAAAAAAAUUAGAAGAGACGUAAAAUCACACGUGAGCAGGAGCUUUUAUAUUCUUUAGUUUUAGGGACAAAGUCCCAACUUUAACAGCCUUUAUGGGCAUGUUGUGUUCACAUUAAGAGGGAGAGAAGAGUCCGACUCCUGAGUGUACCGUACCUACAGUCAUUCUUUAAUGAACAUAUUACAGUGAGGGAUUAUUAUGGCCCCACAUUGCGAGAUGCAAGGCGUGAAAAUGUACGAUCAGGCCAUUAUAGAAUGUAACAUUGGCUAAGUGCAUGUAAAUGGGAAAAUAAGGUGUUUUUUUGUACGGGAUCUGGUGGGAAUAAACCCCUGUGGAUGUUUUUCAGUGUGCUGUACUUCAAAUUGAAGUGAUUUCUACGUCUUAUAUCCUUUUUAUUGAUCCAAAUGAAUCAGGGUUUGUCUCAUGGCUUUAU